AUGUUUAUACGCUCUACCACGCACAUUGAUGAGCAUGCGUUCUGCGAGGCAUACAAGAAGGCAGACGAGGAGUUUCUGAAGAAGGAGAGCUACGACUCGGCCAUGGAAAUACUCCGAAUGAAUUCGGAAGAGUACAAAGCCUACGGCGUGCUGGAGAACGGUUUGAUGCCCGCAAACCAGAGAGAGCAGCUCUACCUGACGCAGGAGAUAAUUGAAAACAACCCGAACUCGUGGCACGCUUGGAGGUACAGGAUGUACCUUAUGAAAAGGCUGGACUUGCUCAGCAAGGACGGAGACAGCAUAUACGACAUGGACAUACAGUUUGUGCACAAAGUGCUCUCUGCGGACAACAGAAACAUAUACGCAUGGAUACACAUAUCGACUGUGUACCGAUACUCUCCCAGGAUAAUCGAGGACGAGCUCUCCAAGUCGAUAUCCAACUACAGCGCAUACUUUGCCUCCGUGGAGAACGGCACGUACAGAAGCAUAAAGCAAGAAGAUAUAAAAAACAUUGUCUUCACUGACCCUGGCAUAUCUUCGCCAUGGGUUUUUGUUCGCAUCGCAGAAACCGCCAGAAGGUUUGCAGGCCAGAACUCUUUCUUGAAGCAGUUUGACACGCGCAUGGAGGUUCAUCUGAGGGUCCCAGGGCGCACGCGCGUGGUUGUGCACUGCAAAGACAAAGUCACCAAAUACACUGCGGACUUCAAGAAGGUGGUGGCCAUUCCCUUCGAGGCAGACGGGUUCAGCUUUGCAGACAUCUCUCGCAUAGAGAUAAAAACAAAAGGCCAGCAAACCGUAGACAUCUCCCUGGACAGCCCUCUCGCCAUGCGCCCCCCAAAGUUUGUCUCUGAGUUCCUGGGAAAAAACCCGACCGUGGAAAGCCUCCUCACAAAGCUGCACUUUACCACGGAGGAGUCCGCCAGGGUCUCCGUUCUGAAGGAGCUCCAGAAAAUGGACCCGAAAAGGAAGCACAUGUACAUGGAUCUUAAAGAAGGCUUUACUGUUUUCAGCGGAAAAUAG